AUGUUUUUAGCUUUUGACAAUUUCUCUUUCAUUUUCUUCUUUUUUUGUUGGCAUGCUCAUAAUUUUUUAGAUUUUAUUUUCUUCUUCUAUUUCUUCUUUCUGUGCCUGUCAUUUUCGACUGAAAAAUAUUUCUCUUUUUCUUUCCCUUUUUAUUCUUCUCCUAACAUUCUUUCUCCUUACUUCUUCUCCCCUCACCUUCCUCUUCUUUUAUGUUCUCGUUAUUUUUCUCUCUCUCUUUCUUUCUCUUUCUUUCUUUCUUUCUUUCUUUUUCUUUCUUUCUUUCUUUCUUUCUUUCUUUCUUUCUUUCUUUCUUUCUUUCUUUCUUUCUUUCUUUCUUUCUUUCUUUCUUUCUUUUUUCCUUUUCAUUAUACUUUUCUCUUUUUCCAGUUCUUCGUUCUUUUUAUUUUUCUCUUCUUUUUUUGUUCGUUUCUCUUUUGCCAGUUUUUUUUCUUUGUUAUUUUCCUUUUUUCUUUUCCCUCUUACUCUUUUCUUUUCUCUUUUGCUAGUUCUUCUUCUUCUUCUUUGUUUAUUUUUAUUUUUCUCUUCCUUCGUCCGUCUAUUUGUUCCUUUUCAAGUUCUUCUUCGUUCUCUUAUUUUUCUCUUCCUUCUAUUUUCUUUUCUCGUUUCCAAAUUCUUCUUCUUCUUCUUCUUUUCUUCUUUUCUUUUUUCCUUCUCCUUCUUCUUCUCCUCCUCCUCCUCCUCUUCUUCAUCGUUCAAUUUUUCCUAUUUCUCAUACCAUCUUUUCUCCACCCACUUGUUCCAGCAUUUGGCCCCUUUCAUCUCCAUUCCCACCGGUCACCGUCUCUUUCUCUUUGUCACCAUUCCAUUUACCGCACCCCCCACCCCAGGCAACAACCACGUCCCAAUUUCUAA